AUGCCUGCCGAUCUCGCUGGCGCGGAAGAUGCAGACUCCGCCAGUCGACCACCCGUCAUGGCAACCACAACCGUCAAAGUGGAUGGCAUGACCUGCGGAGCCUGCACCUCCGCCGUCGAGGGCGCUUUCACGGACGUUGAAGGGGCUGGCGAGGUCUCUGUAAGCUUAAUUAUGGGUCGCGCUGCGAUACAACAUGAUCCGUCAAUACUGUCGCCGUCAAAAAUUGCGGAGAUGAUCGAAGACCGCGGGUUCGAUGCGGCCGUAUUAUCGACCGAAGAGCACGUGAAGAGCGUUGUGACCGAUGCGCAGGAAACACCCCGAACAUAUUCAUCGAUGACGACACUCGCGAUCGAAGGCAUGACCUGCGGCGCUUGCACUUCUGCAGUUGAAAGUGGACUGACCAACGUUGCUGGUAUCGACUCGGUCAAUGUGUCGCUGCUCUCGGAGCGAGCGGUGGUGGAACACAAUGUGGACAUAAUUAGCCCAGAACAAGUUGCGGAGAUCAUCGAGGAUCGAGGAUUCGGAGCGCGGGUGUUGGAAACCAAGGCGUCUGCGGGCCCGGACGAUGGAUCUACACUCGCCGACAUGAUAGAAGACCAGAGAGGACAUAUGGUUACAACGGUUGCGAUUGGAGGAAUGACUUGUGGCGCUUGCACCUCCAGUGUGCAGAAUGCCUUUGCCGAUGUUGACGGCGUGGUCUCGUUCAAUAUCAGUCUUCUAGCUGAGCGCGCUGUGAUCGUACAUGAUCGGUCAAUACUCACUGCCAAGGCUAUCUUGGCGAUCGUGGAUGAUGCUGGAUUUGAUGCGUCGAUCGUAUCAUCCGAGGCGCAGGAACCACUUUCGAGGAAAACCCAGCAGCUCAACCUCAGUCUCCAUGGCCUACGAGACGCGUCAUCCGCCUCUGCGCUAGAAAGAGAUCUCUCUGCCCGACCCGGAAUCAAAUUCGCUUCCAUCACCUUAUCAAACGCACAACUUAGUAUAGCCUUUGAUGCAUCUGUGAUUGGUAUUCGAUCCGUGUUCGAUGUGAUUGAGGCUGCUGGGUAUAACGCGCUGAUUACAGAUGUGGACGACACCAAUGCACAGUUGGAAUCGCUGUCUAAAACCAAGGAAAUCCAGGAGUGGCGACGGGCUUUCAUUGUCUCCGUCUCUUUUGCGGUUCCUGUAUUCUUUAUCAACAUGCUGAUUCCCAUGUAUAUGCGCUCAAUCGAUUUCGGUCGGUUCCAGCUCUUCUCGGGUCUUUAUCUGGGAGACCUGGUAUGUCUCGCUCUCACCAUCCCAGUGCAAUUCGGCAUCGGCCGCCGGUUUUAUAUCACUAGCUUCAAAUCUCUAAAGCACCGAUCUCCAACGAUGGAUGUCCUUGUCAUGCUAGGCACAUCGGCUGCCUUCUUUUACAGCUGUUUCACUAUGGCGAUGGCUAUUCUCAGCGAAGACCACAAGCGUCCGAGCACCGUUUUCGAUACCAGCACUAUGCUCAUCACGUUUAUCACCCUGGGAAGAUGGCUGGAGAAUCGCGCCAAAGGACAGACCUCUGCAGCACUCUCCCGCCUUAUGUCAUUGGCCCCAUCUAUGACUACUAUUUAUGAAGAUCCCAUCGCUGCAGAAAAGGUGGCUGAUGCUUGGGCCUCUCAGAACGCUCAGCCCGCAUUGGCCGAAGAUUCAACGGUGAACCAGAAACUCAUCCCUACGGAACUGAUUCAAGUCGGCGACAUCGUCAUUCUUCACCCAGGUGACAAGGUGUCUGCUGAUGGUAUCGUGAUCCGAGGCGAGAGUUAUGUCGAUGAGAGUAUGAUCACCGGUGAGGCUUUGCCAAUCCACAAAAGGAAAGGCAGCCAUGUCAUCGCAGGUACCGUCAACGGCACAAGCGCGGUCGAUUUUAAAGUCACCCGGACUGGCAAGGAUACCCAACUGAGCCAGAUUGUUAAAUUGGUCCAGGAUGCACAGACAAGUCGGGCCCCUAUUCAACGCAUGGCGGAUAUCGUGGCCGGCUACUUCGUUCCAACCAUUAUCUGCCUUGGUCUAAUUACAUUUUUCGGUUGGAUGUUCCUUAGCCACAUCCUGCCCAAUCCACCCAAUAUCUUCAAGUCUGAGGAUGCAGGUGGUAAGGUUAUGGUAUGUUUGAAGCUUUGUAUAUCAGUGAUUGUGUUCGCAUGUCCCUGCGCUUUGGGUCUUAGCACACCUACCGCUGUGAUGGUUGGGACUGGUGUUGGUGCCGAAAAUGGAAUUCUGGUCAAGGGUGGCGCUGUCCUCGAGGCUGCCACUAAGAUCAAUCAUGUUGUUUUCGACAAAACAGGUACAUUGACUACAGGCCGCAUGAGUGUCGCUCAUGCCCGGAUUGAACCCCAGUGGACGGUUAAUGAAUGGCGGCGUCAAUUAUGGUGGCUUCUCGUUGGUCUUUCCGAGAUGGGCAGUGAGCACCCAAUUGGACGAGCCAUUAUGUCUGAAGCCAAGACAGAAUCCGGUCAUCCUGGGGGAGACGGCCUUCCAGGAAGCAUCGGAGACUUUGAUGCAUGUGUAGGCCAGGGAAUCUCGGCAACUGUUGAACCAUCAACCUCCAUCGAGCGUACCCGCUACCAGGUCUUUUUGGGCAAUGCUGAGUUCCUACGCUCAAAAGGCAUCUCCGUGCCCGCAUCGGCAGACACUGAGUCAUCAGAGGUUGAAGACGAUUCGGAGACCCUGGGACCCAAGCCAACUGGCGCUGCAUCUGGCAUGACCCGGAUUCAUGUCGCAAUCGACAAGCAAUACGCAGGAACAAUUUCCCUUCGGGACAGUGUCAAGGAUAGCGCCGUCGCCGCGGUGGCUGCCUUGCACCGCAUGGGUAUUGCCACCUCGAUGGUUACGGGCGACACACUGUCAACAGCGAUCUCGAUCGCAACAGCCGUUGGAAUUCCGACAUCCGCGGUGCACGCCUCUGCCUCUCCAUCUGACAAACGCACCAUCAUCAACCGCCUCCAAAUGAGCGGAGAGCGAGUAGCGAUGGUCGGCGAUGGUAUCAAUGACUCUCCCGCCCUGGCCACGGCCUCUGUUGGUAUUGCCUUGGCCUCUGGCACCGACGUCGCGAUGGAAGCCGCCGACAUCGUUCUGAUGCGCCCAGAUGACCUCCUCACCGUACCAGCCAGUCUCUCCCUGUCACGCACGGUCUUCAAUCGUAUCAAGAUGAACCUUGUAUGGGCCUGUCUUUACAACGUCAUCGGACUCCCCUUCGCUAUGGGCAUCUUCCUACCAUUUACAGGGUUUAUGCUUCCGCCCAUGGCUGCUGGUGCCGCAAUGGCUAUGUCCAGCGUCUCAGUUGUUGUUAGCAGUCUCCUCCUGAAGCUCUGGCGUCGCCCGUCCUGGAUGGACAUUGACCGUCUUGAAAAGGAAGCUGGCCUCGCCUCUAUCUCCGCACCCCGUCGAAACCAUGCACGCAAAGCUAGCUGGUGGUCACCUGCUACGAUUUUAUCCCCUAGCGAUCCACGGUCAGUCCGUCGCUACGUCGGGCAUAUCAUUGCUGCACUAUGGUCUAUGAUGACCGGCAAGCAUACCGCUCGAGAUGAUGAAGGUUAUGUUCCACUACAAACCGUUGAACCUGUAUGA